GCCGCCUCAUCCGGGGCCUGAGCCCCGCUGCCGCUCGCGCUCGGCCAUGGCGGAGGCUGAGCUUGAUGAACAGCAUUUCCAUGCACAGCAGCCCAAGCAGCAGCAGAUUCUUUGCCAGGCCUCAGCUCAUUCUGCUCCCUGAACUUCUGACCAAGCACUGAAUGCCAGAAAGCAGGCCUCGGUUGGGCGGCAGAGCCCCAGGGUGGUGCCGUACCCAGCGCACAGCCUAUGUCCUGCAGAGCCUGCCCUUCAGACUGCAGCAGUUGUGUCCAUGGGCUCAGCUGAUCAUCGACUGAACUUAGCAGAGAUCCUUUCACAGAACUAUGGUGUACGGGAAGAAAGGGAGGAGGAAGAUGAUACUCAGGAGAAGCAGAAAUCUUUAGAAGAGCUGGAGAAGAGCUUCAGUGCCUCUCAGCUGGUGUUGUGCUCGGUGAUUGUUCCCUUCCUGAUGAAGCUUUGUCCUCCUCUCGCUCAGAGCAGUGAAAUGCCAUUUGAGGAGCUGCUUGCACUUUAUGGCUAUGAGGCAUCUGAUCACAUCUCGGAGCAGGACAGUGAGAGCAAUGAUAUUACUCCAAAUCUCCCAGAUAUGACUCUGGAUAAGGAACAAAUAGCGAAGGAUUUGCUUUCAGGGGAAGAAGAGGAGGAGACACAGUCUUCAGCUGACGACCUGACGCCAUCCGUCACAUCGCACGAUGCAUCGGACCUAUUCCCAAACCAGCCUGGCUCAAACAACUUCCUUGCUGAUGAAGACAAAGAGCCCUGCUCAUCUCCAUGUGCUUCCUCCAUGGCUGAGGAUUCGGAGGAGGAUUCCAUCCCAUCCAAUGAGUGUAAGAAGGAGAUCAUGGUUGGACCUCAGUACCAAGCCACUGUUCCUAUCCUCCACUUGAACAGGCAUGGGGAAAAAGUGCUUUUUCUGUUAGCCUAUGAGAAUGAAGAUCAGCUGCUGUGGGACCCAAACAUCCUCCCUGAGAGAGAGGUGGAGGAGUUCCUGUACCGCGCAGUGAAGCGGCAGUGGGACGAGGUGUCCAGCAGCAGCCUGCCAGAAGGAGAGAUGGUGAAGGACAAUGAGCAGGCUUUGUACGAGCUGGUUAAAUGCAACUUCAAUGCAGAAGAGGCACUGCGGAGGCUACGGUUCAACGUGAAGGUCAUCAGAGAUGAGCUUUGUGCCUGGAGCGAGGAAGAAUGUAGGAAUUUUGAGCAUGGCUUCAGGGUCCAUGGGAAAAACUUCCACCUUAUCCAGGCAAACAAGGUCCGUACCCGGUCAGUGGGCGAGUGCGUGGAGUAUUACUACAUGUGGAAAAAGUCGGAGCGUUACGACUACUUCACUCAGCAGACACGUUUAGGAAGGAAGAAGUACGUCCUCCACCCUGGAGCCACGGAUUACACCGACAAUGACUUGGAUGGGGGUGAAGUUGAAAACUCCACUCGUCCUCGGAGCUCCCCCCCCAUUCCCUCUGGAACUGGCUGCCUGGAUUCCCACUUCAGUCAAGACCAGAUAGCAAUAGAGAGCACAGAGCCCCUGAGCGUGGAGAGCACUGCCUGCAGCCUGGGCAGCAUGAGCGAGUCGGGGCAGGGCUACGAGUGCAGCACUCCUUCAGAGACCAACUGCUCCUUCGACCCCCAGGAAGAGCCAUCCUCAGGCACCCCCUCGGCUCCCUGCCCUCGCCACCCCACAACCAGCACCGAGCCGCGGCUCUUCCCUCUGCCCCCGGCGGCCCCAGCACAGGCAGAGAAGCAGGAGCCAUUGCAGAGCUCUGCUGGGACACUAAGCAUGGACUUCCCUCUCCCUGCAGACAUUAAGGAGGCUUUGCCUUUAAUCGCUGGCCCUGUGGAUUUGGACAGAGAGCCAGAGGUGGCCCCUGCGCAAGUGUCCUUAUCGGUCACAGAGUUUGGCCUCAUCGGCAUCGGAGAUGUAAAUACUUUCCUGAGUGCUCACCAGGCUUGUCCAGCUCCUGUGGCUCGGUCAGAGCCUUUGUCACAGUGAAAAGCUCCACUCACGGACUUGUCACAGAGCCAACAAGGACAUUGAGCUGACUGACUGAAAUCCGGGAGCUUCCACUGUUCCACAGGGACAGUUUGGAGCUGUUGGUCAGAACCCGUCUUUCCAUCCUCCUUGAUCCAAGUGAAACCAAACACCUUUCUGCUCCAGUGUGUUCUGACA